AUGUCCGCCGACCUCGCUGGCGUGUGGGAGGUCGCGCUCAGCGACGGGGUCCACAGAAUUGCCUUCGAGCACGGCACGACCACCGGCAAGAGAGUCAUCCACGUCGAUGGAAAGGAGGUGUUGAGGAGAGAUUGGAUGUUCAAAUUGGUGGGGAAAGAGACGUUCGUGGUGGGCAAGCUGGACACAAAAGCCACCAUAAACAUUGAUGCAGUGAGUGGGUUUGCCUAUGAGUACACUCUGGAGAUCAAUGGCAAGAGCCUGAAGAAGUACAUGGAGAACAGGGCCAAGGUGACAAGCACCUGGUUGCUCAACCUCGACGGGACGGAUUCAAGGGUGGUUUUGGAAAAAGACACCAUGGAUAUUUGGUGUAACGGACAGAAGAUUGAGACUGCAGGUGAAUUUGUGGAAGAUGGCACAGAAACCCACUUCACUCUGGGCGAGCACAACUGCUGCGUGAAGGCGGUGAGCAGCGGAAAGCGACGAGAUGGACUCAUUCACACACUUCUAGUGGACGGAGCGGAGAUAGCUGAAUGCACUGAGUGA